CAGCCAUACGCCAUUAGACGUCUUCCACCAUCUUCAUGCACGACCGGAACAUUUACCGCCGAGCGACAGACUUCGUCGAAUUAGCCAAGGCAUAUCCAGAACUUGAGAAUCACCUGAUACCUUCACUAUCAAGCAGCUCUCUGAAGACGAUUGACUUCAAAAACGAUGAAUCUCAGAGAUGUCUAACAAAGGCUUUAUUAUACCGAGACUUUGACGUUGACAUCCUGUUGCCUGAGGAUCGUCUAUGUCCUCCAGUGCCGAACAGAUUGAACUAUGUGCUCUGGAUACAAGACAUUAUGCGCACACAUCCGUCCUCGAGCAUAUGUGGAAUUGAUAUAGGCACAGGUGCAUCUGCAAUCUACCCUCUGCUCGCGUGUAAACUCGAGCCAGAAUGGUCGUUCGUGGCCACUGAACUCGACGACAUGUCUUUCCAGCUAGCCGAAUCCAAUAUUUCGAGAAAUCGUCUUGGUAAUCGGGUACGCGUACUCCAGGCACGUCCCGACCAGCCCAUUCUUUUCCCAUUGAGGAUAUAUCCUGACGAAUCGUUCUCCUUUACGAUGUGUAAUCCGCCCUUUUACGCGUCCUUGGAUGAAGUGACCUUGUCAGCAGAAGGGAAGGCUAUGGAUCCAAAUGCUGUUUGUACAGGUGCGCCUGUUGAGAUGGUAACUCCUGACGGCGAGGCGGCUUUCGUAUGCCAGAUGGUGAGGGAGAGUAAGCAGAUAGGUGCACGUUGCAGAUGGUAUACCUCAAUGCUAGGAAAGAUGUCUUCCUUAACACAAGUCGUGGAUUUGUUAAAAGACCUUUCGAUUGAGAACUACGCUAUUACCGAGUUCGUCCAAGGACAAACUAGAAGAUGGGCAAUCGCUUGGUCGUUUACUGACGAACGACUCCCUGACUCAAUAUCUCGUAUAUCCAACCCCGCUUUACGCUGUCUUAUGCCGCCGCACAAUAACACCCUGCAACCUGUUCCUGGAGACAAAGCGGUCGAUAUCUGCCAGGUUCUCCAGACUAUUAGUGGAUUGGAGACAGAGACCUGCGACGGGCAUGUACUCGUGACGGCCAAAGAAGAUACUUGGUCAAGGAGCGCCAGAAGGAAGAGGAAGCAUGAUACCGUUCAUCCUCCUCCUUUGGACUGUAAGAUGAUGUGUGUCAUAAGACCUUUCAAAGCUGGAGUCGAAUUUCAAUGGGUAAAAGGAGCCGGAUCAGAAAGAGGGUUGUUUGAUAGUUUCUGUAGUCAUGUUAGUCGGAAAAUAUUGGUAUAAAGAUAACUAUUAAUCGGGUCAAGCGGACCGGCUGAUUCUAGAAUGCUUAGAACCCGUCCUCGAGAGGGGCAUGGUGCCCUUUUGUACUCCUGGAAAGAGUGGACCAUGUAGAUGUAGGAGAAUGUAUCAGAUACUCCAGAGGCACUCGCGAGCAGCAUAUUCUAACAGACUAUCGGGAAACUACAAACUCUGGUUCGCAUGACCAUUAUACGCGAUAUUCUAACUGGCGAGGACCGCGAACGGAUGAUAUGCACCGCACGGAAUAUGCACCUGC